CACACUUGUCACGCAGAAAGACGCUGUCAAAAGACCGACGUGUUUAUAUUUAUUUUUUAUAUAUUUUAUAUUUGUUUACACGAUUGCGAAUUGUGUAGUGGACGUUUAUCAAGCUUGAGUGUGUAGCAAUGUCUAUAUGCCCUUUUUAGUAGGAAACCGCAACAGUAUUCUUCGUGUUGUUAUCAUAGCAGCCAUCAAAGCUCUUGCAGCGUCUUUGUCUGCGGAAGUAGGUUUGUGUUGUUCUCUCCCAUGUCCCAGUUAAAGAGAAUGACUCAAAUGAAUUGACAGGUAUGAGGAGCUCUUUUAUCGUUCUUAUAAGUUAUACCGUGCUGUCAUAAGAAUGAAUGUAGUAUAGCUGCAACAGACUGUGCCGGGGUCAGUGACCGAGCACAUGACGGUCCGUAUGUUUGGAUUUGGGCGCCUCUCCGCCGAGGGGAAAGUAGGAAUCGCAUCGGGAGUUGUUUUUUUCUCUAUGCUUAUAUCCAGAACAUUACUCUCAGAGCGGGUGAACAAAAACACUCGCGCUUCGUUGUUUCGCGUUCAGUUUCUCCUCUUCAUCAACUCCCUGCUGCUCCUCGGCUCUCUCUACAUAUGGAAGCGCGUGGUGCGGCGACUGUGCGGAGCCAGAGGUGCACCUUCUGUCCCGCAGAGAUGUUGGCGUCUUCUUGUCCUGCUGUUUCUUACUCUGGUGCACGGGAGCUACCUAUGCAUGUUUUUCCUCGUGGACACUGAGCCACACUGGUUAUCAUUGCUGAGUUUCUCCUGUUUGGGCAUUUAUGUCAUCCUACUGUUCUUCCUGUUUGUUUUUGGCUGCCUUAUCCGCCUUCGCAGGCUUCUCUCCCGCAGCCGAGGAGGAGAAGAGGAUGCGGUCGCGAGCGGAUCAGUCAGUCAUAUAGUGUUGGCAAUGAUAUUAACAGCAAUACUGGCAGUGUAUGGGUUGGUAAAUGCAGCCCAGCCUCCACGAGUAAUUGAGGUGGAGAUCCCAGUAGAGAAGCUCCCUGAGUCUUUGAACGGGCUCAGGUUGGUGCUUCUGUCCGACAUACAUCUGGGACCUACAGUAGGCCGCUCCAAACUACAGCGCAUUGUGACUAUGGUGAAUGAGCUGAACCCAGAUGUGGUGGUGAUUGUCGGUGACCUGACUGACUCUCAGGUGACUCGAUUGAAGAGCGCUGCAGAACCACUGGGACAGAUGAAGGCUCAACUGGGCUCCUAUUUUGCUACAGGCAAUCAUGACUACUACACUGCCGAUGUUGAAGGCUGGUUUGAGCUCUUGCGCUCAAUGGGGAUUCAGUCUCUUCAUAACAGCCAUGCAAAAGUGUUCCGUCCUACACACGCUGGUCAGCUGUUCCCCCUCACCAUCCUGGCAUUCCUGAUGAAUCCAUUUUUCUGUGGACUCUACCGUGUCUCUGAACACACUAUGGUCUAUGUGACCCCUGGAACCGGUCAUUAUGGCAUUCCGAUGAGAAUUGCAAGCCGUUCAGAAAUUACAAACAUUAUAUUGAAACGUGCUUGAGAGCCUCACACUGUGCAGUGCAGGGAUCAAACACACAAUCGCAUCCAUACAUGUUCAUUACCUCAUUUCCCUGCAUGCUGUCACAGUUAUACAUGUAUUACAUAGUAAUGUAUGCAUAAUAUAUCGGUCAAAUAUACUAGAGUUUGCACUACAAUUUGCUUGAGCAAUCUUACAAGCGAUCUGUUUUACUAUAGAGAAUGAGACAUUUUACACGUUUUAGUUGCCAUCUAUUUUCUUAAUGUGGUAUUGUAAUUUGUUUGCCAAAACAUGCUAAAAAUCCAAGCACUUUAAUAUUUGAAUAUUCACAUUCCAAAAGUGCCAGUUUAUUUUAAAUUACUAGAUGUAUUUUUACUGUUUUACUCAGGCCCCUUUCAUCAGUUUUAAUGAUAGUUCAUUACAAAAUUAAAAAAAUUAAUUCAGUGCA